AUGAAUGGUCCAGAAGAAGAUUAUGAUUCUCUUUAUGACGUUAUGUAUGAUUAUGAUAUAAACGAUGAAGAUUUUAAUCAUCAUAGGAAUAUAAGUAAUAGGAACAUAAAUGACAAUAUAUCUGAAAAGAAAAUUCAUUCUGAACAAGUUAUCCCUUUAAAUAAUGAAUUUGAAAAAGAAACGCAAAUCAGUAAUACAAAUAUAAUAAAAAAGAACUAUGAGCAAAAUGAACAAGAGCAUAUAGGGAACGAUAAAAACGUGCAUUUAUUAUUAUCAGAUAAUUUAAAUGAUGAAGAGAAAGAACAUUUUAAUGAUAAGAAGAAUGAUUUGUAUGACGAUAUAAAUAAUAAUAAUAAUAUAUAUUAUAUAAAUGAAAAUGAAAAGAAUGUAUCAAAAAAUAAUCUUAAAUUAGAAGAUCCGAAGGUUAAUAGUAAUGCGGAUUACACCAUAAAUAAUGACCAAAGGAUUAAUAAUACUUAUGAUAAGAUAAAUGAAAAAGAAAAUAAAAAGCUCGAUCACCCUGUAGAAGAUAACUCAAGGUUAAAUACUUUUAAUAAGGGUAAUAAUAAAUAUUCUUUUAAAUAUGGUGAAAUAUACAAUGAUAACUGUAAUGAUAUUAACAUUGAUACUACAUAUGUUCAGAAUAAUAAAGUAAUAGAAACAGAUAUUGAUGGAAAUAAGAAUAAUAUUAACAUGAGUCAGGAAAAAACAUAUGAACAUGAUGAUCAUAAGGAGGAAGAUAUUAAUUCAACUGAAAAUAAUAAUUGUCAACAAAACGAAAAUGUUAAAGAUAAUAAUAAUGUAAAUAAACCCAAUACAGCUACUGAAAAUGAAAGUAGAAAUACCUUUGAAUGCAAUAUAUGUUUUGAUGAUGUAAGAGAUCCUGUAGUUACAAAAUGUGGUCAUUUAUUUUGUUGGCUAUGUUUGUCAGCAUGGAUAAAAAAAAAUAAUGAUUGCCCUGUAUGUAAAGCUGAAGUAUCCAAAGAAAAUGUUAUUCCCUUAUAUGGAAGAGGAAAAAAUAGUAGUGAUCAUAAAUAUGCACAACCAGAAGAACCUAGACCAACACCUAAAAGAAAAGAAGGAGUAAGAAGAAGUAGCACUUAUUCUAAUAAUUUAGGUUUAAGAGCUUCUUUUGGUGUAUGGGUAAAUCCAUUCUCCUUUGGUCUAUCAUAUACAAAUAUGUCAGAAGAACCAUAUUUUUAUGAUAAUAGAAACGAAAACAGAUCAGAUAAUAGACGAUUACAAACAGAAACUUAUCAAGCAGAAGCUGCAUCUUCCUUUUUCUUUUUUCUAGGAUUCUUCCUUUCUUUAUAUAUUUUGUUUUAUUCCUCAUAA